GAGCCCUGGCCGGCAGCGCCCUCGCGAUCCCCGCCGCGGGCUUGUGUGGAGGGCCCAGGCGGCGGCAGCCCAGUGGUGGACGGUCUGCUGCAGCUUGACCUCCCGAGCCCGCAGGAGCUGGCUGGGCGGCUGGACCCGCUGGCCCUGGCAGGCCUCGUGGUGGAGCUGCUGGGCGAGGUGCGGCGUUGCCGCGGGGAGGCCGACGACCUGCGCGCGGCCGUGGGCCGGUCGGCCGUCGGCCUGCUCACCGGGCGGCCGCCGCAGGCGGCCGGCGGCCCGGCCGGCCAGGGCGUGCGCGCGGCGCCGGCCGUGCCGACGUUGACGUCCAACGUCGACAACUGGGCCUGGGGCACCGGCAAGGACCGGGGCCGCGAGCGCUCCCGGUCGCACGACGACCGCCCAGACAGGAGGCCGCAGGGCGACCGCGCCGACCGGAGGCGCUCGCGCUCGCGCCGGGGCGAGGGGCGGCGAGGGGAGCGCCGGGACGGCGAGGCGGCCGGCAGGCGGGAGAGGGAGAAGUCCGCCGACCGGGAGGUCCGGGAGCGCGACCGCGCCUUCGUGCAGGACCGCCUGAAGCGGCGCGCCCCCCUCGUUUGGGGCGCAGUUCCUGCGAGGUAG